CAGAAUGUUUUUACCAUGCGGUGAAUACAGACCAGUCGGCCCACACGACCAAAGUGACGAUGGAAACUGCGGCGUCCUUCGCUCUACAUCUUUCUCCGACGAAGGUUCAAAGAGACAGCAGUAGGCCGACGAGAGAAAGCUGCCGCCUGGAGAUAAUAUGGGUUGGUGAAAUGUUGUCGAACUUACCUCUGCACAGAGCGUCCUCAGUGUUCUUACCAAAGACUUUAUAACGGGAGGUCACAUUUGGGUAGGAAUCCCUACCAAAAGGGUUCUUUCCCAUCAUGUCGGUUCCUCUACUCGACGUUUCAUUGUCGACUGACGUGUCCACAAAUGACGUUUUUGCCUUGUGUAAGAGAGUAGGCCUCGAGGUAUCGGAGGAGUUCGCCGAAGCAUGUCGUCCUGUGAUCGGGGCACUUGAUGGCUGUGCCAAAGUCAUUAUGGCACGAGACGACCACUUUCCCGGGCCUGAUGAAAUUGGGUAUCCACGCAAGGACAUUCAGACCGAUAUAGAUAACAGUCUCGAUGGAGGUGGUUGGGCUACAAAGGUGAGAGCGUCGGGAGGGCUAUUGAUGCUGACGUGCACUAAGGUGAAUGUGAAAUCAACCCAGCCGGAGAGUAACUUGCUACAAGGCCGGACACUUGCGUUGAAAGACAACAUUGCGCUGGCCGGAGUAAGGUGUACAAAUGGGACUGAUCUGAGCGGCUGGGUCCCUGACUUCGAUGCGACCGUCGUGAAGCGAAUCUUAGAUUGUGGUGGUACGAUACUCGGAAAAGCAGCCUGCGAGAGUGGUUGCUGGAGCACCGUCAGCGACACUUCUAUCACGGGCCCGGUGAGAAACCCCUAUCACGAUGAAUUUAGCUGCGGUGGAUCUAGCAGUGGAAGUGCGAGGCUUGUCGCCUGUAGAAGUGUCGACAUGGCCUUGGGAGGAGAUCAAGGGGGCUCUAUUCGUGUUCCUGCGUCGGCGUGCGGAAUAGUUGGAUUGAAACCAACCUGGGGUCUUGUACCAUAUACAGGCAUUCUCGGGGUAUCGGCAGUCAUUGACCAUGUCGGUCCCAUGGCCAGAACAGUUGCAGAUUGUGCCCUUCUUCUAGAAGCCAUCGCAGGACCAGACGGAAUCGACGACCGCCAACCUCACAUAAAUUGGUUUCGCUCAGUUCCCUAUGCUGACGAGGUACGUCAGCACUCGACAACCGCUGACCCCAGGCCUCUGGCAGGCGUCAAGAUUGGUGUUCUAGAAGAAGGCUUUCAACACCCUCGACAAGACGACCUUGUUGCAAGAGUAGUUCGCCAAAGUAUUGACAAGUUUGAGGAACUCGGCGCUGAGGUUCGAACUUGUCAUGUACCAGAGCACCGUGACACAGAGCUGGCCUGGAUGUGCACUCUGCCAGCUUUCGCCUUCACUCAGGGUCUCGUUCUCAAUUCUGGUGGCCGUAAACAGUUUGCUAUGUCCGGACCUGCAGCCCUAGGCAACGGUGGACUGAGCCAGUCGACUUUUGAUGUCCUCAAUACUGCAGGCCAGAAUCUCUAUCUGAGAGGAUGUUUCCUACAAGAAAAGUAUGGCGCUGCUCUGGUUUCUCGAUGCACUAACUUGAUGAGAAAAUUGAGCGACGACUAUGACGUGGCAUUCAGACAAUUCGACGUCCUGGUCAUGCCCACAACGCCUCUACCACCGUGUAGGAUAUUCAAAUCUAGAAGCGAAGGAAGUACAUCUGAAAGACUCAAGCGUACGACCGGUAUUACCGCGAAUACUGCACCCUUCAACGCUUCUGGUCACCCUGCCCUCAGUAUACCUGUUGGAUUCUCCCCAGCUCUGGAAGAUCCUUCUGUCCGUCUGCCAGUGGGCUUACAACUUGUUGGAAGAAAGUUUGAAGAUGCUCUUCUCUUGAAAGUUGCUGCAUCUUGGGAGAAUCGCUACGAUUGGAAAGCCCAAUGAAGAGCUCGAUCACUAUUUCUAGACAAAGAACUACUACUAGCCAAUAUUCGUUGUACUACGCUGAUAACCC